GUUGGGUGGAGGAGGCAGCGCUAGUUUAGCAGUUGUCAAGCUUUUAUUCUGCAAAAUUGUGCAAGAAAGAACCUUCUGAUUUCAGGUCUGCUGAAAUAGAUUGACUAUUAGAGUGCAUACAUAAUGGAAGGCUUGAGGUCUGAAAUCAGCCAGAAGAUAAAGAAAGCAAUCCAAGCCAAGCUAGUUGAGCUGGGGGUUACCAUUGAUGAAGAACUUCCAGACUAUGUCAUGGUGCUGGUGGUAAACAAGAAAUCCAAGAAGCAGAUGGAGGAUGAUCUGUCUCUUUUCCUGCUCGAACACACAAAGGCAUUUGUGGAGUGGCUUCAGGAGAUCCUUGGCCGACUUCAGGCCAUGAGUGUCCAGGCAAAAGAAAAGACUAAGACAGCGUCUACCAAAACACCACUGCAAGAUACGGCCGAAACGAAGGAGAGAAAACGGUCAUCCUCAUUAUCUCAACCUGAAAAUGAAAAGAAAAGUCGAAGAGAAAGUGAGAAAGGGCAGACCUCCAAAUCAAAACAAGUGUCAUCACCUUUGCCAAAGGAGUCAAAGCCCGACGUCCCUUCCGACCCACCCCUCCCUUGCGCCCGGUCCAGAGAGGCGUCACGUGACAGCUCUGAGACACGUGACUGGUCCAACUCUCGCGGCGCCUCUAACGAACCUGGCAAGAUCUCAUCACGUGAUCGCCCCAAGUUUCGCAACACGUUCAACGAAUGCGGCCGAUCUCCGUCACGGGACCGUCCGAAGUCCCGUCACAGCUCAGACGAAUCCGGCGAGCCCGAGUCACGUGACCCUCCCAAAUUCCGGAACACCUUUAAAGAGUUCGGCGACUCCGUAUCGCGUGACCGUCCGAAGUCUCGGCAUGCUUCAGACGAAUCUGGCGAGCCAGGCAAGUCGCGUGACCGGCCCUCGUCCCGGCACGUCUCUGGCAGGGCCGGCGAGACAGAGUCACGUGACGGUGACGAGAUCAGUGAGCCCAUCACACCUGGUGACCGGAGGGGAGCGGAGGAGCCGCCCGGUCGGCGACACCCGCGCAUUUCGUUCCCCUCGGACGACAGCGGGGGCGCGCACCACAGUGCCAGGAACGGCGGCCCUGCAGGGCGCGCGGCGGCGGACGGGGUGCCAUCGCCCGCCUCGACAGCGAUGCCUGGCGGCCGGGUGAUUAACCUGCGCGAGGAGUCGUCCUUCGCCGCCCCGCGCCGUUCACGCUCGCGGUCUCCGGUUCGUCGCGCCGCGGGGGACGACGCACCGUCCAAGAGCCGCUCCGGUCGGCGCGGACCGCAGUCGACCGUGGGCGCCGUCCUCUCGCGUCCUCCGGCGGCCGAGGACGAGGAGGAGGCGGCGACGCCGGCGGGCGCGGUGGCCAGCGCGGUGCGCGUGACGGAGCGUCCCCGGCCGCCGGCCGACCUGCUGCCGCGGCCGGCCAUCCUCAUCAAGGCGAUGCGCGACGCCCAGCGCUCGACAGGCGCGGCUGGCCGCUCUCCGGCGCCCGAGGAGGCUCGGGACCGCGCGCCGCCGCCGCCGCCGCCCGUCGGCAAGAAGGAGCUGUUCACGCGGGACCUGCGCUCGCGUGAGAGGAGCUCGCGCGGCGUGGAGGCGCGCCGCGCCAGCGGUAGCUCCCCUGUCCCGCUGGCGGUCACCGUGCGAGCAUCACCCGAGGGCUCGCCCGCCCACUGAGCGUCUGCAGUCUCCUGGUCACCAGCGUCCGAGCAUCACCCGAGGGCUCGCCCGCCCACUGAGCGUCCGUCUCCAGUCCCCUGGUCACCAGCGUCCGAGCAUCACCCGAGGGCUCGCCCGCCCACUGAGCGUCCGUCUCCAGUGGGCAUCACCUGAGGGCUCGCCCGCCCACUGAGCGUCCGUCUCCAGUCCCCUGGCCGUCAGCGUCCGGGCAUCACCUGAGGGCUCGCCCGCCCACUGAGCGUCCGUCUCCAGUCCCCCGGCCGUCAGCGUCCGGGCAUCACCUGAGGGCUCGCCCGCCCACUGAGCGUCCGUCUCCAGUCCCCCGGCCGUCAGCGUCCGGGCAUCACCUGAGGGCUCGCCCGCCCACUGAGCGUCCGUCUCCAGUCCCCUGGCCGUCAGCGUCCGGGCAUCACCUGAGGGCUCGCCCGCCCACUGAGCGUCCGUCUCCAGUCCCCCGGCCGUCAGCGUCCGGGCAUCACCUGAGGGCUCGCCCGCCCACUGAGCGUCCGUCUCCAGUCCCCUGGCCGUCAGCGUCCGGCGGCCCUGAGGGCUCGCCCGCCCACUGAGCGUCCGUCUCCAGUCCCCUGGCCGUCAGCGUCCGGCGGCCCUGAGGGCUCGCCCAGUCAGCGCGAGUUCCCACCCGACCGUAGGCCAUGCAAUGUCUGAGCGUUCCCGCCAGUUUCGUCCGGCGGCGGGAGCUGCUGCGCUGCCUGGCUCUGAGCGUUGGGUCGGGCGAUGUGGCCACCCAGGUCGUAUGCGCCAUGCCCUCUGCGGUCGAGGUGUCAGCCAGCCAGCGGUGCCUGGUGUGGCCGGGGGAAACGUCACCGCCCGUCUGCCAAUACGGUGCUACCCCUGCCUUGUCAGUGCUUCACUUCUUGACCACGGCAGAUUUGGAGGCCACGGCCGUGGCACCAGCCGUAGGGGCGGUGCAGUGAGACUUCAGUUGCGGUUGGUGCGUUGCUUUGCCGCAUUAGUGCAUCUGCUCAUUACGUGCGUUUACGGAUUUUCUCACAUCCUCAUUUAUAGUCAGGUGAUACUCCGGGCGUCAUUGUAUGCGUGCUGAAUGAUUUGUGUUGAUACAGGAUGAUUUGUGUUGAAUACAACAUGACGCCGA